CGGACACGGUAACCAAUCCACCCGGUAAACUGAUCCCAGAGCAGCGUGACCGAUGAACACGGGACAAUACUGGGUGAGGGCAGUGGGUGAGGGAGGGAUCCCGCAGCGCGUCCGUGAGAUCCCGCGAGUGACGGACUGCAGCUUGUGUCUGAGGGACAAUUCCACCUGAGCUCCGGUGUGUGCAUGGAGAGGCAGGCAGUGCAGCGGGCCAGGGAGGCCUUCCUGAGCGGCAGGACUCGACCUCUAGAGUUCAGACUGCAGCAGCUCCAUGCCCUGCAGAAGAUGAUCGCUGAGAAAGAGACGGAGAUAGCCACUGCUCUCAAACAGGACAUCAACAGAAGUCAGUAUGACACACCACUCCUGGAGCUGAUUGGAAUCGAGAACGAGAUCAAGCUGGCUGUUGAGAAGCUUGGAGAGUGGGCCGCUCCGCGCCCGGCAGAAAAGAACCUCCUCACUAUAUCAGACGAGGUUUAUAUCCAGCCAGAGCCGCUGGGAGUCGUGCUCAUUGUCGGGGCCUGGAACUACCCCUGGGGCCUUACUCUCAUGCCACUUGUUGGCGCCAUUGCUGCAGGGAACGCAGCUGUGGUGAAGCCAUCGGAGCUCAGCGAGUGCUCGUCGCUGCUGCUCCGGGCAUUGCUGCCUCGCUAUCUGGACAAGGAUCUGUACCCAGUGGUGACAGGAAGUGUGUCAGAGACGCAGGAACUGCUGAGGCUCAGGUUUGACCACAUCGUGUUCACGGGCAGCAGCACGGUGGCCAAACUGGUGAUGGAAGCUGCAGCUCGUCACCUCACCCCAGUGACCCUGGAGCUGGGAGGGAAGAGCCCCUGCUACAUCGACAAGAACUGCAACAUCAGGGUCGCCUGCCGUCGUAUCACGUGGGGGAAGUUCAUCAACUGUGGGCAGACGUGCAUCGCUCCAGACUACAUCCUGUGUGAGCCGUGCAUCCAGGGCCGAGUGGUGGAGUGCAUCCGACAGACACUUCUGGAGUUUUAUGGUGCCGAUCCAAAAUGCUCACCUGACUACGGGCGAAUUAUCAACCAGCGUCACUUCAACAGAAUCAUGGGGCUGAUGGAGGGCUACACUCCUGUGGUGGGUGGACAGAGUGACUCCUCACAGCGCUACAUUGCCCCGACGGUGCUGAAGGACGUGCCGCCCCACUCCAGGCUGAUGCAGGAGGAGAUCUUCGGCCCCGUGCUGCCCAUAGUUACAGUGAGCGACAUGGACAACGCCAUCACCUUCAUCAAUGAGAGAGAGAAGCCCCUGGCUCUGUACAUCUUUUGCUCUGACAAGAAGGCAAUAAAAAAAAUGAUUGCGGAGACGACGAGCGGUGGAGUGACGGUCAACGACGUCAUGAUGCACUAUACGCUCAACUCCCUCCCGUUUGGUGGCGUAGGUCAGAGUGGUAUGGGACGCUACCAUGGCAAACACACCUUUGACCAGCUGAGCCACCACAGGGCGUGCAUGGUGCGGUCACUGGGCAUGGAGAGCGUUAACUUGGCCAGGUACCCUCCUCAGAACCGCCAGCGGGCACGCAGGGCUCGGAUGGCCCUCACGUCGCCGCUGAUUGACAUGUCCAAGAGGACCCUGGUGUGGGCCAUUCUCGCCACCAUCAUCGGCCUCGGUCUCCUCAUCGCCCUGCUGGUCAUCCUGCUCAUUGCAGCGGGCCUCAACUGCACCUGCUGGUACUGGAGAGGCUUCUAUAACUAGACACACUGUGACCUCACUGUGGAAGAUCCUUCCAAAGAAACAAACGUGCUUUUCACAGACGUUCAUGAUCAGAUGAAUCUUGUUUUAUUGUUUUAUAAAGAUGAAUAAAACAGUAACCUUUGGCUUGAUCUAUUAUCUCUUUUAUGAGCAGUGUGUGAAUUUGAUUCUAUUUUUACAGUCGGUUAACAUCCACUUUGUG